AUGCCUGUCAUCCCAGGAGACAAUGACCAAGGUCAGUAAUGUCCCGGCCGGGUGUCUGACCACGACCAAAGCAAGCUGACGCAGUGAUUGAUCCAUCUAGCCAUGAAGGACAAGUUGGCGCAAGGAGCUAAGGAUGCAGAAGCCACCAAAGCAGAGCGCCAGGCGCAAGCUUCGUCUCAACAGCAGACCAACCCAGUGCGUACCGAAGUGUUGGCGAGCUUGUGAAAGAGGCUUUUAUCUGAUGUUGUUGUGACAGGUCAUCGCCCAAGACUUGCCCGAGGCCGCCAGCAAAGAGGAGCUCAGGAAGCGGGCGGAGGAGCUGAACAAGAAGUAG